AUGAGCGUGGGGGUUAUGGAGGCGGUGGCGGACAACGAGGUCGUGGAUUCCAUGAUCCAUAUCUUCCUCCGAACCGAGGGCGUGGAGGCCCGCCGCCUGAUCGGCAUGGAUAUGAAUAGACCAAGGCAUCCUAACGAUGCGCCACCAUUGUCCCCUACACAUGCGGGAGGAACCCCAUUUGAUAAUCCUUUUCCUGCAUUUCCAAGGAGGCGGAUGAGUUCAGACGAAUUCGACAAGCGAAUGGGUGCCUUGGAUCUAAAUGACUCCACUAUGCGCCCUCCUGAACAAAGACCGCAUACUUCAAACUCCAACCGCCCACCUCGACAAAGACCCGAUGAGAUGCCGCCUUGGGGCGGUGCACCUGGCGGUAAAAAUAUGCCACACCAAACGGACGUUGAACCUCCGAUGGGACCAAAAAGGAGUGCGACGAUGCCUCUGAGCCAAAAUUCGGCUGGACCGCAGUACCCAGGCCAGCAGCCAUGGCAGGAACCGCCUAUGCCAGCUCCAGUGACGGCUGGAGAUCAGAACCCCAAUAUCGUACCUUAUUCGGAGGGCGACUCAGUGGACAAUGGCAAAGAUCUGCCGGAUGACUUCCUUGAUGCUUACCUCGGAGCCAAUGGCCCACGAGAGUCGGAUAUGCCAAAUUUCAGUGCAAUGUCAGAUGCUCCCGAUGAUAACAUUGUGCCCGUUGAUAAGCCGGGGGUUAACGGCUUGUCGACUUCUAAUACUGGCAACGGUUACACUGCUUAUCGUCCUGGAGCACCGGCUUCAAGCGACGCAAGUCAUGCACCGGCAAAUCAAUUUGAGAACGCCGGGUUCCAGUUUGAUCUUCCUCCCUCUCCAGGGGCAGCAUACGACCAGCAACGGCGGGUUGAUGAGUAUGGCCCACCUUCGGCUGGUGCUUAUUCCCAUCGCCAACCAACUGGAGGUAUGGCAGCCGGACCUGCAUAUCAUGGAGAUUCGGGAGGUGGGAUAGGUGGAUAUGGUUCUCGACCGCCACCCAAGCGAUACAGUCCCCCAGGUCAAGGUGCGCAUAUGCAGUAUCCUGGUGAUCAAACUGCGUACCAGAAUCAACCCGGCGGCGUUUCUCUGGCAGAUAACCCAUCUCAAAAUCCGGAUAUGCUUCCUCGUCAUCCAGCUCCAUUCCGCCUUGGUCUCGAACAAGGGGUAAAACCUCCCCCAAUUCGGCAAUACGAUAAUCCUCCCCCAAUGCCACCACAAGGCCAAUCCGGCCAAGGACGAGCCCCACCACCCCCUCAAUCGCGUGAUAGGCCGACCUCGGAACCCCUUACAUUCGAGGAGCUUAAUCGUAUCCAACAAACGGCUAAAAAUAACCCUUCGGAUCACAAAGCUCAACUUUUCCUUGCUAAGAAGCUCGUUGAAGCAUCUGUAGUUUUGGUGGAUGACAACGGAAGGGCUGAUUUAAGAACUAAAAACAAGAACCGGGAACGGUAUAUUUUUGAUGCGCACAAAAUAGCCAAGAAACUUGUGAGCGCAGGCUAUCCGCCUGCAAUGUUUUACCUGGCAGAUUGCUAUGGCGAAGGCCAACUCGGUCUAGAAGUUGAUCAACGCGAAGCUUUCUCGCUGUACCAAUCUGCUGCGAAGGCCGGUCAUCCAGAAUCAGCCUAUAGAUUAGCGGUUUGUUGUGAGAUGGGCUAUGAAGGUGGAGGAGGCACAAAGCGGGAUCCAAUGAAGGCUGUACAAUGGUAUAGGCGCGCCGCGGCAUUGGGCGAUACCCCUGCGAUGUAUAAGAUGGGCAUGAUUCUCCUGAAGGGCCUAUUAGGACAGCAGAAGAACCCUCGGGAAGGGGUGUCCUGGCUGAAACGAGCCGCUGAACGUGCGGAUGAGAGUAAUCCACAUGCGCUCCACGAGCUGGCGUUGUUGUACGAGAACCCGAAUGGAAUUGACGCUAUCAUCCAGGACGAAGCGUAUUCCCUAGAACUUUUAGAACAAGCCGCGGAGCUGGGGUACAAGUUUUCGCAAUACCGCCUCGGUAUUGCGUAUGAGCAUGGCCUGCUUGGAUGUCCAGUCGAUCCACGCACGAGCAUCAUGUGGUACUCGCAGGCGGCUGCGCAAGGCGAGCACCAGGCUGAGCUCUCACUUUCCGGUUGGUACCUUACUGGGGCCGAAGGGAUUUUGCAGCAGAGCGAUACGGAGGCAUAUUUGUGGGCACGCAAGGCCGCACUAGCUGGAUUGGCAAAGGCAGAGUAUGCAAUGGGGUAUUUCACUGAAGUUGGUAUCGGAGUUACAGCCAACUUGGAAGAUGCCAAGAGGUGGUACUGGAAAGCGUCAUCCCAAAACUUCAUGAAAGCCCGCGAACGUCUGGAGGAUCUGAAGCGCGGUGGUGCCAAAAUGCAGAAAACCCGAGUUUCGCGGUCCGCAGUCAACAAUCAGAAUCAAGGUGACUGUAUCGUCAUGUGA